AUGGCGAGGCAUAUUUUUAUUUUGUUCCUGGCUAUUGCAUUUUCGGCAGUACAAGCAAAAAUAAUCCGCCCAUGCCCUCACCUGACACACCGCUGUAUCCGCGAGGUGUUGGCUUCGAACUCCGGCUGCGACAGAAACGUGAUGGGUUUCAUCGCCAACAAGUACACCGUGAACGAGUUCCGCUUCGAGGCACCAUACUUCAACUCCUCGUACAUUGACAAGGGACUCAUCGUCAGGAAUCAUGACAAGUGCUACAUUUCUGAGUUCUUCUUCAACACAGAGACGGACAAAGCGGUACUGGGCAUGACGUGCCGGGACCUGGAGCUGGAGUCUGACCGAGUGCUGAUACAGCAUCGUACCUUCCAGGAAGACACCUACUACAACUACCACAUACAUGCUACUUACCCUAUGCUCCGCUUCACGUGGACCCUGUCUCCGAGAAGCAACAUGAACCUGUGUACCUCCCACGUAUACACCGACGUCGUCACACUGCCCAUCAUGCACAUCGACCCUAAAGAUUGUCGUACAUCAAGAUUCCUGUCAAAGGACCUCAGUCUUAUGGACAUCUUUGAGAGAGAAAAUUUCUAUUACAGAGGAUACCCCCUCGUGAGGAUAUUUGUCAGUUCAUACAUCUGUAACUAUAGAUGCAGGCCACAUAUACUUUAA